CAGAACAGACGAAGAGAGAGAGAGAGAGAGAGCUUUUAUUGUCAUACUUCAGCCAUGGUUACUCAGAGUUACCAGGAGGACAUGUAAACUAGCGGCUCUCUUAAAGAAGUGCUAAUCGAAUGAAUCUACAAGCAGGAGGUGACCUACUUUAACGCCCUUUGCACAUCUAUUCUAGCAUCUGUUUUGCUUCAGAAACGUCCCUGGAACUCGGGGGGACAGCUAGACGGCAAGCACAGGCACGUUCUAGGUGUUCCCAAUGGCCUCGGAAGUGACUGUUAGAGACUGUUUGAUCCAAAGUCAUGCAACUUUCACAUUGAAGCUCAAACUGUGACAAGUUACAGUUUCUUUACCUCCACAAAUGUUUCUUCUAAAACCUGGUGAAUGCCUCUGAACAGGAACUUACAACAGCAAAUGAGAAAACUCUCCAAUGAAAGGAACUAGGCGUUGGAUUUACUAUUUCACACUUUCCCUAAUAAUGGGAAUUGUAUUUCUAUACCACUGGUCAUCACAAGCCUCAAUGAAAAUCUGGUUUUCGAGGACCAGCGACAACAAUGGGACAACAGCAGAGAGUAUAUCUCCUUAUCAGGGUUCACCCUCUCAGUUCUUUGUGGAAUACCCUCACCCAUAUCGGUUCAUACUGGAUGAGCCAGACAGAUGCGGACAGGAGAGCCCCUUCCUGGUGGUCAUUAUCCCCGUCGCCCCUCAUAACCGAGAGGCCCGUGACAUCAUUCGCAGCACAUGGGGAGGACAGACGCAGGUGUUGGGCCAGCUGGUCACCUACUACUUCAUCCUGGGAAAGUCUAGAGCAGACAACAACACAGAGCAGCCUGAUGAACAGAUUCUAGCUGAAAGCCAGGAUCAUCAUGAUAUCCUCCAGAGUAACUUCUUGGACAGCUACAAAAACCUCACCAUUAAAACCAUGGUCAUGCUGGAGUGGCUCACCUCUCACUGUCCAAAAACCUCCUAUGCUAUGAAGAUCGACUCAGACACCUUCCUCAAUGUACACAAUCUUGUGGAGAUGCUCUUAAAAGCCCCCUGCAGGGACUAUAUGACAGGCCUGGUGGCAAGGGAUGCUAUUGUUCUUCGGGAUCCUUCCUCCAAGUGGUUCCUGUCUUUGGACAUCUUCCCUGAGUACUCUUACCCUCCAUACGCUCUGGGACUGGGCUACGUCUUCUCCCUGGAUUUACCCAAUCGGAUACUAGAGGCUUCUAGACAUGUAAAGGCGCUCUAUAUUGAAGAUGUGUAUGUGGGUUUGUGCAUGAGACAUGUGGGAGCACCACUGACAGACCCGCCUCACAACGGUUUGUUCAUUGUCAACACACCUCCUGAAAUUAACUUUUGUUACUUGGCCUCUGUUGUCGCAACCCUACUGAAAGACUCAAAGCAGAUCUUGGAUGUAUGGAAGGUUUAUAAGACUCAACCAAAGGCUGGGUGUUAGUACUCCAGAAUAUAGUGCCUUUUCUCCCUGCACUGUGUCCUGUAAGGUGGUACGAGUUCAUGCAGAGACUCAAUGACUACCUCUAAAGGUGCAAAGUCACUUUACACUUUAUAAAAAUUAAUAUGUUAAUAGCUCAGUCUGGUUGCAUACAAUUUUUUUUUAUUACAUCUAACUUGUUAUUCUUUAGUUUUACACUUUGUUUGGGCUCAGUUUGUUAGUAAAAAAAGCACUUCAUGGAUAUUUACAAUACGAGGUACGAUGCUGCGCCGGGGGUAAAUAAGGAAGUAGCCUACUGUGGCUAAACUAGUUAGCAACUUAUAGCAGCGUGUGGAAACGAGGGCCCCUGUAGCAGUGUUAAUUUCAUCAUCUUUUUUAAACUUAGUCACAAUGACAAAAAUCAAUUUUAGUGUUUCUCAUAUUUAG